UUUAUUAUGUAUAUUAUUUAUUACGAAGAUAAGAAGAAGAACAUAACCUCUCAUUAUUGGCGAAAAGCAAGAAUGGUCAAAGGUCUAUUAUAUUUAAAUAUUUGAUAUUAUCAAAUAUUAUUGUACAAAAGCUGCUCAAGUUCAUUUGAUUUUUGAUUAUCGUAAUUGUGUUUUUAAGUUUUAAUUUCUAUUAUAAAUUUAAACAGCUUGUGUGUUCCUUAAAAUCUGCAAACAUUUAUUUUUAUAUAACAUUUUGUUAUUUUUUAUUAACAAUGUCAACAGAUCCUAAUUGCAUUUUUUGCAAAAUCGUAGCAGGAAAUGCUCCGGCGGAUAUAUUGUUCCAAAAUGAAGAGUUAAUUGUAUUUAGAGAUAUUAAACCAGAAUCUAAACAUCACUUCCUAGUUGUACCUAAAAAACAUAUUCUAAAUGUAAAUAGUUUACAAACAAAUGAGGACAAGCUUUUAGUUGAAAGGAUGGUGGAAAUUGGUAAGAAGAUUUUAGCAGAACACAAUGGUGAUAUAGACGAUGCAAGAUUAGGAUUCCAUUGUCCACCUUUUAAUUCCAUAAACCAUUUACAUUUGCAUGUGAUCUCCCCAGUAUCUGAAAUGGGAUUCAUUAAAAGACAGGUGUUUAGGCCAAAUACAUGGUGGUUUCAAUCUGUUGAUGAUACUUUACUGAGGUUGAGCAAGCUAUAGUGGAAUUAAUAAUAAUCUAUUAUCUAUACUUAUAUAAGAAAAUUUGGGUGAUUAGGUAAUUUGGACAACUUUAGGCACAAUUUUUAAUAUUUUAUAGUUUAAUUUAGAAUGUAAUAAUGUAAAAAUGUAAAGAUGCACUAGAAGUCAAGAUAAAAUCAGAAUUUUGUGUAAAUUAUUUUUAUUUUAAUAGAAUUUAAUGUCUUUGUGAUAUUUUGUUAUAUGUAUGUAUGAAUAUUAAAUCAAUAAAUAAAUGGUUAUUUA